UUUUUUAGUUCCAUAUAAUCACAACAGGACGAAGUCAUAGAACUGAACGGAAAAUGGAAAACAAAGGUAGUGAUGACGAUGAUAAUGGUAACGUGUGUCCGUGUCCGGUGAAGCUGAGUGAUUGUUUAGAGGAACUUGUAAGGUUCACUCUCAACUCUCACUCUCACCAUCUCAACCUUUCUUCCCAAUUCUGCUCCACCCUUCUCCAAGACGACCCAUCAUCUUCACACUCACAAUCACAAUCAAAAGAUUCUUUGGAAGGAGUGCCACCGUAUCCCUUGUACAAGCGCCUUGCUUCUUCUCUGUUGAGGUGUAUGGAUUCUGAAACGUUUUGUGGGACAGGCUGCAAUUUAGCCAUGGUUGAUGAAUUUGAAGAUUCUUCCAUGCAGCACAAACGUAAUGAGUGGCACAAAUUGAUUGUGGAGAAGGGGCUUGAAAUGGUGAAUAUUUUGAAGAGUGUUUCCUUUGAACUUCAUGUCCAAGAGCCUUUCUUUUCACAGCUAAAUGAUGGCCUAAAAACAAUUGAAGGGAGGUGUGCCGAUGGGAAAUACAAAAGGAUUAAAGCAGGAAAUCUGAUACUCUUUAACAAGUCUGUCGUGUUUGAAGUAAAGGGAAUAAGGUGGUAUCCUACGUUCUUUGCCAUGUUGGAGGCAGAAAGCCUUGGAAAAGUUCUUCCAGGAGUUGAAAGUUGUGAAGAAGGUGUAAAAGUCUACCGGAGGUUUUACACUGAGGAGAAGGAGCUGGCAAAUGGUGUUCUUGCAAUUAUUGUUUCAAAAUUCUCUCCUCAACCAUAUGAUUCUUUGGCUAACUUAUUUUGUGGAUUAAGUUAUGAGGGUGUUCAAAGCCUUCUUGGUCUGAUGCACACCACAGGGACAAAUCCUAACGCACUUCCUCCACCAAUAUCAACUCUAUUAGCAUCAUUUAAUUUGCCAUGCAAUUCAACUGAUAUUGGCUUGACUCAUGGAGCUCGUGCAUUGGCCAAGCAUGCUUGUAGGAGUAGCAGUGGUUAUUGGGGUUCUCUGAAUGGAAACGAUACUAAUAAAAAUAGGCUUGCAAUGGAUGUCAUAAACCGCUUAAUAGCACAUUGUUGUUGGCUGAAUGUGCACACUGUCCCACCACAUGGAGUUGUCUUUGAAAUAAGGGUUGCUGAUGGAUAUGGUGCACGCUGGACAGAAGAUGGAAGUAAGUAUGACAGUAUGUUCAAAUUUAAGCGUUUGAUGCAACUUCUGUUAGACUCGUCCACUAUUCAAUGGCUGGGAAUAAGGUUUCAACGUGGAGAAAAGUUUUGUACUUUUAAAUUUGCAGUUUAUCGGAUUUUUAGAGCCCUACAUGCAAGAUGGCCACUCAAAGGGAUGGAAGCACUAGUUCUGCUAGCCAGACAACAACUACACCUCUGUAAUUGAAAGUCACAACUUUUCCUUUUAUCUUGUGUUGGAAUCGUGUUUAUGGUACAGUAUUUGAUUUUUAACUAUACUUCUCAGCACUGGACUUUAGCUGACAAUCUAUUCUAAUACCUCAGAGUAAUCUACUCAAUUAUACAUGGUAACCUAGAUGAUGGAGUCUGUAUAAUAAUGUUAGUACUUAUUUUCAGAAAGAAACUUCCAUUUAACUCAAGUUAAUUAUUAAAAGGUGCUGACAAGCCCCAUUAUGACUCCUUUUUA